CAUGGGGAUUAUUUUUAUCUAGUUUAUUCUCUGUUGGACCGUUAGAUUUAAUUCUUGGAUCUGACUGCUUCUACGAGCCAACAGUGUUUGAAGAUAUUGUUGUCACAAUAGCAUUCUUGUUAGAAAGGAAUCCAAAUGCAAAAUUUCUUUUCGUGGCAUUAGCGUAGGAAAAGGCAUUGUGCAAUUUUAUAACGAAGCUGCAGAACAACGUGUACUUAAGACAUCUCACUAUUUGAUGGAAACUGAAAUAAAACUACAAUUGCUGUAUGAUAUAAAGGAAGACAAAGCUAUCCGCAAUGAGUUUAGAGGAUACAUUUAAUAAAGCUGCAAAUUAUUUGCAGAACAUAGUAUCAGAAUUAGACACCAAUGAAAUUCUUAAAUUCUAUGCUUUAUAUAAGCAGGCAACAACUGGAUCGUGUAAUAUUUCGAAGCCCAAUUGGUAUCAAGUGAAAGCCAGACAAAAAUGGGAAGCAUGGAAAAAUCUAAACGAUAUGACUUGCAACGACGCUAUGAUUAAUUAUAUAGAAGAACUAACAAGAAUAAGUCCUAACUGGGAAAAAGAUAUAGAAUCUGAGCCGCAAAAAAGGGUCGCUGUUAGUCGGUUAAUGAACGCAGAAGAACAAAUAAGUGACACAGAUAAAACCUUUUUAGAUUGGAUUAAAGAAGGCCAUGAACAAAAUGUACAAGAAACGUUGAAGAGAGAGCAAGGACUUGUAAAUAUAAUGGACUCAGAGGGUUUGUUACCAAUACAUUGGGCUGCAGAUCGUGGACACGUAGGAAUCAUAGAACUUCUAAUUAAAGAAGGAGCAAACGUGAAUUCGCAGGACACGGAUGGACAAACCCCGUUACAUUAUGCAGCAUCGUGUGGACACAUCGAUGUUGUAAAAUAUUUACUUUCCAUUGGUGCAGAAUCUAUAAAAGAUAAUGAUGGUAUGAAGCCCAAAGAUGUUGCUGAUGUUAAUACAUUGUCAUAUUUACUCAGCAUGGAAUAGUAUGUAGCUGAAUUUGUUCAUAAAAUUAUAAUACUUUUUUUAUUAAAUAUCAUUGCUCUCAUAAAUUCUUUAUUUAUGUACAAAUAGAUUCUGUAACAGUUUUCAUUACAUUCACAGCCUAAGCACUCCUUAGGUAAAUGCACAACUUGUCACAAUGGUAAUUUAAAACUUUUUUUUACAUAUCAUUGUGUUGCUUAUUACGGAACAUAAAUACUAUCCGUUAAACAUAAUAGAACGCAUAAAGAAUGCUAUGCCUUUUGUAAAUAUUUUCAAAUUGAUAAAUGCAGAAUAUACAAGACUUGUAAUUUUCUUUCAUAACAGUAUGAAAUAUUUGCAGAUGUAUUUAGACCGUUUGUAAAAAUAAAACUUAAAGAAAAUAAAACAAAUAUUUUUGUAUUAGUUAAUUACUUAUUACGAAAAACCACUUACAAGUUCAUGUCUGACUUGGACAGAAAUCGUAAGAUGAUUUCUCCAAAAUAUUCUCUUCACUUUCCCAGCUGAUACUUGGUGAUGUAUUUUAUACAGGGUUUACUCCACGGAUUCUUUAAAAUAAUGAAAACAAAUUAAAUUAUUUAACUUGUUAGGAAACUUAUUAAAAGAUCGUCAAAGAGACUGUAAACUUUUUACUUUUUUCUAAUAAAACUACUAUUGUACGUUUCCUAAUGUUAUUGUCUUUUAAUUAAAUUACAACUAUGAAUUUAACAGAUUACUUGCACAACUUUAAUGGAAUGAACAAAAUUCGUAUGAUGCAGAUUUUCAAUUUUCAUCACCAAGCGAACAGUCAUUAUUAUUUAUGUUACAUUUCCGUCGGUAAUAUAAUUUUUCUUAAUUGUUUGUAUGCACAACCCUUUUUAUUUUAGCGAUAUAGCAAUUAAAUAAUUCCCUAACAAUGGAAGAAGAAAAAGGAAAUUUGUAACAUAAAUAAGAAAGAAAAUAUUUAUCCUUCAUAAAAAAUUUCCGUUAUGAUAAUCUAACAUUUUCAAUGUAAUACAUUAUUUACCACCCUGAAAAUUUACAUCUCGUUUCAAGUGUUUUUAUUUUUGCAGAUUAUUUCUAUUAAAAGUUCUGCAAUUAAUUAUACAUAUUUACUAAUCGUUUCUGCCAAUCACACUGCCCUUUAUAGUUUUCGUUUAGUAAUUUCUUUACUCUUUAAGAAAAGAUCGAAUUUAUUUGUAUGGUAAAUAAUGUAUUAAUUAAAAUACCACAUCAUUAUAUUUGGUUCACUUAUUUUGCAAAUUAGCUGUAUCCUUAAUGUUUUUAAAUACUGGCAAUUGUUUGAUGUAAAAUUAAUCGGACGCAAGUUUGUUGUAUACUUUUUUCAAAUGGAAGAAUAACGUGAUACUUAAGAAAAAUUUGCUACCUUAUCUCUGUCAAAAUUAUCGAUCAUGAAAUAAUGUUUACUCGUAUGAUAUGUUACACUGAUGAUUAUAACAUUCUUGUUUCAUUACACUACACUAUUUACUAAAUUCAUUUACUUUCAA